CAGGACAGUGCAGGACUCUGCUUGGAAGUCAUGAUUUCCGCGAAGUGAAAUGGACGCCGAUGUGCUGAACUUUGCGCCGCAGUUACACGAUCGUUGCGCUGCAGGGGGCGGAACGGAGAGGAAAAGACAGUUUUGAUGACAAGAAAGGAGUUCCUGAGUCCAGCUGGUCCUGCGUCCAUCCCCGCGGGUUCGUGGGUGACAGGAUGGUGAGCUCUGUGGCCGAAGGACGCCUGGAGGCCCUGCAGGUUUACAAGCUGCUCCAGUGCGUCCUGAAGGGGGAUGCUCCUCACAUCAAGAAGAUGGUCCAGUUGGGUGUUCCUGGCCUGAUUGACCUCACCGAGCCGCAGGAGGGCAAAAGUGCCCUGCACUUGGCGUCCGAGGCAAAUGACAUCAAUAUGGUGGGCUUCUUGCUGGCCCAGGGAGCAUCGCCAGACGUGCGGGACCGGAAGGGGCGCACGCCCGUGAUGCAGGCUGCCGAACUGGGCCAUGAUGACGUGGUGGCUCUGCUGGUGGAGAGCAGAGCUGACAUGAAAGCAGUGGAUGCGGAGGGAAAAGGUGUUCUGUUCUAUUGCCUGUCUCCCACCAAGCGGCACCAGCGCUGCCUGCAGCUGGCCCUGAACGGCAUGGCUGACGUCAACAAUGUGUCUCUGGUGGGCAAGCCCGUGUUCCUGCAGGCCUGCGAACAGGCUGGGGACUGCGAGAGCAUGUGCAUGAGCCUACUGGAGCGAGGCGCUAACCCCAAUGCCACCAGUCAGGCAACGGGUCGCACAGCUCUGAUGGAGGCGGCCAGGGAAGGGGCUUUGGACCUGGUUCGAGGAAUCCUCCAAAGGGGGGGCAACCCCAACUUGCUCGAGAAGAGUAGAAUGCACGCUGCUCAUUUUGCUGCAGAGGGAGGCUUCUUAGAGAUCAUUCAGGUCAUGUCUGCAUAUUUGGCAGACCUGAGUGUGAUGACAAGGGAUGGGAAUACGCCUCUGCACUACGCUGCUAGAGGUGGCUUCGCUCAGUGCUGCAGGUUCCUGGCCCAAAGAGGUUGCAACCCCAAGCUGAAGAAUCUGAAAGGUUUGGUCGCCUCUCAGAUUGCCAAAGACAACGGCCACAAGAUGGCAAUGAAAGAGCUCAAGAAGGCAGAGCAGCUACAUUACAAGUACUCCAAGCCUGGAGUUGUGAACCCCAAUGAGCGCUGGGCACUGACCCUCCAUGACUGGUCGUUUGAGCACGAGGUGAAGUUGAGGGCUGCGUUUGAGGCGGCCGAGGAUGGGGUGUCCAGCAAGGACACUAUCAAUGGGGAGACGUUCAUCUCAAUCCUACUGGCAAAAGGUGCACCUGUGGAUGUGGACAAGCUGCAGGAGAUUGUCCUAACCCACGACAAGAAACGCGAGGGCCACAUCAGUCUUAAGGAAUUCUUCAGUGGUCUCCAGUACCUACAGAAAGCAUUUGUCGCAUCCUCAUAUAUCCCCAAGAAAAAGAAGAAGAAGUCUGGCAAGGCUGGAAAGGGCAAGAAGAAGGGAGAAUUUAUCCUCCCCUUGCCCAUCUGCACCCUGCCUCCUGACCUUGUGCAGCGCCGUGAAGACGGCGGACCCCCCCUCUUCAUGAUAGAGAGCUACCGGCACUUCACCGACAGAAACCGCUUCGACAGGGACCACCCACCAAAGCACCCGAUUGAGGACGAUUCGGCCUGGUACAUUGAUGAGCCCGAGAAGAUCUACAUCAACAUUAGCUACUGUGUGAAGACUGGGGACUUGGAUUCUUUGCUCUUGGCAUUCGGACAGCAAGUUGCUGUGGACAUCAAGGACCGUUUCUACAGGACACCGCUCAUGACAGCUUGUGCCUGUGGAAACUAUGAGGUCACCAAAUUCCUACUGAAACUGGGGGCUGACGUUAACGCAUGUGACCAGUACAACUGGACACCCCUGCACCACGCGUGUCACGCGGGGCAGGUCGACAUCGUCGAUCUGCUGGUGGGGGCGGGUGCUGAGGUGGAUGCCCAGGCCCUGAAUGGUGCCACGCCGCUCAUGAGAGCCAUCGCGAGCUGCCGCUUUAGCUGCGUGGAGUACCUCCUGCAGGCCGGUGCCAACGUGCAGGCUGAGAACAAGCAAGGGAAAAAUUGCCUGGACUUUGCUUGGACCUUUGGGGACGUUCGGAUAAUUAGUUUAAUUCAGACCAAGUUCGACAGUAUCCCCGUUUCUGAAGACGGCGCUAAGAAAGAAAAAGGGACCAAACAGGAACCCACCUCAGUUAAAGUGAAGGAGCCUUUGCCUACAUCCCCACUGGUGUCCAAGCCGGCCCUGAUGAAGGAGUUUCUGAAGGAGAGCAUCAUAUUGCAGAACACUCGGAUAAGCAGUGCAGCGCUCAACAAGAUGGACAUCAGCUUCGUGCCGAAAACAGUGUGGGUGAUGCCCCUGACGGCCGAGCAGCCAGCCCAGAAGAAGGAAGAGCAGAGGCAGCACCAUUCCAACCAGGUGGCCUUCAAAGACGACCUUGUACCCUUUGACCAAAAUAUCUCAGAGAAAUCUCAAGGCUCAGCAGUGGACAACAGGCAACAGAAAUAAACACACUUCAGCCGUGCUGCUCUUUUUUACAUGUAUGUGUUACAUCAGACAUAGUGUUACACAUUCACGUCACAUAUAUAUUCAUGUUUGUGAAUUCAAUACAGAUGCUCCUCUACUUACGAUGGUUCGAUUUACGAUUUUUCAAAGCUACGAUGGUACAAUAGUGAUACGCAUUCAAUAGAAUUCGUACUUCGAAUUUUGAAUUUCGAUCUGUUCCCACACUGGCGAUAUGCGGUACGAUACUCUCUCCCGAUGUUGGGGAAUGGCAGCGAGUCGCAGCAUCCACUCAACCACGCUCGCAGUCUGUGUAGCGAUCACGUGAAUGAGUGUAAACAACC